AUGGAAGGAGAGACUCAGCCCCCGCCCCCACCCCCGCCGGCCGAAGUGGCGAGCGAGAACCCGCUGCCGCCUGGCGAGAUGGUGGGCGAGUCCCAGCCGCCGCCGGGAGAAAUGGUGGGCGAGACGCAGCCGCUUCCGGCGUGCGUGUCCAAGGUGCUCGACGACGACGACCUCCUCGCAGAGAUCAUCGUCCGCGUCGGGUUCCCCACCAGCCUCGUCCGCGCCGCCGCCGUCUGCAGGCGCUGGCUCGGGCUCGCCUCCGGCCGCGCCUUCCUGCGCCGGUUCCGCAAGCUCCAUCCGCCCAGGCUCCUCGGCUUCUACCUGGAGCAGACGGAGUACUGGGACGGCACCGCGCGCUUCUUCCCGAUGCUGCCUCAGCCCUCGCCACCGGAGCUCGCCGCCGUCGUACGCCGCGCGAGCUUCAGUUUGGACUUCUACAAUGACGCACGGACCGACAUGGUGGGCUGCUGGAACGGCAGAGUCGUCACCUGCUUGUUCGCAUCUCAUUUUUACAAGCGCAAGGAAUUCCGAAGCGAGAUUAUGUAUGCAGUGCACAGCCCGCUGUGCUCCGAGAGAGGUAUGGCCGUCAUUCCAGCAUUAAACCUCCCAAUCAGGAAUGGCAAUUUCUGCAGAUACAGACAACUCUUCUCCAAAGAAGAAGGCCAUGUUUAUGUCAUGAUGGAGUCUACCAGGGAUGAAAGGGAAUCUACGAUUCAUGUAUAUAUGCUGCAAAAUGGUGAUGAUGCUUGGCGCAUGCAUCUUACAUUGGCUGCUGACAACUUCAUUUAUACACUAUAUACCCCAAACAGCAUUCUCGUUGACGACAAAAUCUACAUGCCAAACGGCUGGAAUGAAAUUCUUGUCUUGGAUUUGACGGCCGCAAGCUUCACCACGAUUCAGCUCCCAGAAGGGGUGGAUUUUCGUGAAACAGGCACCACUAUGUUAUCGCGGGCUGAUGAUGCUUCUGCUGUGUACCUCAUCCAUGCCAGGGAGCUUCAACUUCGCAUCUGGCUCCACAAGGGGGGCAAUUGGUUGCUGGUGGAUAACAUUUGCCUGCGUGAAAUGUGCACUCAUUUGCUUGAGGAUGAGCCUACUGCUCUGCUCAAGAUAAACCAUAUGGGAGACUAUACUGGUGAGUUUCUGUUUUUGGAGAUUGGUCAAUGCGCACACUACUUGGAUGUAAAGUGCAGAACGCUGCACAAAGUGUUUGAGAGGACAGAAGAGGAUGUGUAUCUUGGCAGUAUCUUUCCCUUUAUGAUGAGCUGGCCUCCCAUUUUCCCUGCGCUCAAGGAUGGUCCUGCAAGCAAUUCUAUGUGAAGAACAAAGAUAAGAGGAAACUUUUGGAUGGUCGGCGACAAGGGCCACCAUCCAUGAAGAGCUGAGAGCUGAAUUUCCUUAGUAGCAGUUCUUUAACUAUGCUAUUAAUUAGGAUGAUACAUAACUGGAAGCAGGUGUCCUAUGCUAUGGUAUUGCAGCUGUUACCGACCAGCAUAUUUCUGUAUCGCUAAGAAAACCUUUAUAUUCAGUAGUGGAUUAAGUAGGAUGAUAUGUAACUGGAGCAGGUAGUCCUUUCCUAUGGUAUUGUAGCUGUUAGCGACCAGUAUAUUUGUGUGUUGGUAAGAAGACAUGUAUGUUCUGUCAUGGAUUAACUGGAGUAGCAGGCAGUCAUAUCCUACGGUAUUGUAGCUAUUACCCUGGUUGCGAGCAGUGUAUAUUUAUGUGCCGCUUGGAAGACCUGUAUGUUGGGUA